AUGACGAUUCUUCCCCUACGCCAUUCAACCAUGCAAAUAUCCCUCACAAACCCCCCCUUCAAAACCCCUCAAAUUUUCCAAUUUCACCAACCAAUUUUCUCUCCAAAACAACCCAACCAAAUUCCACUUCAAACCCAUGUCGUCAAUGCCAUUAAAGGCUCAGGUUAUUUAUCAGAAAUCAGCAAAGCUAUCGAUUACGAAGAGCAGUACCGAGUAGCGAAAUCGCAGGUUAAUCGUAAAGGUUUGGACUUGGAAGGCUAUUCUAUUGAAGGAGUUUCAAUUGGAGGACACGAGACGUGUAUUAUUAUUCCUGAAUUUAAGUGUGCUUUUGAUAUUGGAAGGUGCCCAACUAGAGCUAUUCAUCAGAAUUUUGUUUUUAUUACUCAUGCUCAUCUUGAUCACAUUGGAGGACUGCCAAUGUAUAUAGGAAGCCGGGGUUUAUAUAAUUUGAAACCUCCUACCGUAUUUGUUCCUCCUUGCAUCAAAGAUGAUGUUGAGAAGUUGCUCGAAGUUCACGAGGCCUUGGGCCAUGUUGAACUGAAUUGUGAAUUGGUUGCUUUGGAUGUCGGGGAGACGUAUGAAAUACGGAAUGACCUUGUUGUUCGACCGUUCAAAACACACCAUGUUAUACCAAGCCAGGGUUAUGUAGUCUACUCAAUUAGGAAAAAGCUGAGGAAGCAAUACAGUCACAUGAACGGGAAACAAAUUGAGAAAGUAAAAAAAUCGGGUGUUCAGAUUACAGACACUAUAUUAUCUCCCGAGGUGGCCUUCGCUGGGGAUACAACAUCGGAUUUUAUGCUAGACCCGCUUAAUGCCGAUGCAUUGAGAGCAAAAGUGCUUAUAACUGAGGCAACUUUCUUAGAUGAUUCAACCAGCGUAGAGCAAGCACGCCAACACGGUCAUACACAUAUAUCUGAGCUUAUUGAAAAUGCUCAAUGGAUUCGCAACAAAACAGUUCUGUUGACUCAUUUUUCAUCAAGAUACAACAUAGAGGAUAUUCGUCAAGCUGUGGCAAAAUUGCAGUCGAAGGUGUCAGCAAAAGUGGUUCCAUUAACAGAAGGCUUCAAAUCACUAUACUCUUAA